AUUACAGUCCACAAGUAGCCCACUCAAAAUCCACCACAAAAAACUGGAAAACAAAAAUCUCUCUAUACCUCUCUCUGUCUCUGUGUUCCAACUCUCAAACUUCACCACCACUCCAACCCCAAGAAAGAAAGAAAGAAAGAAAGAAAGAAACUCACAAACUUUUCCAACAAAACAAAACAAACCCACUUCCAAGUUUUCAUUUUUUUUUCCUCUCAAAGUGUACUUUCUGAGCUGAUAGGCCUGAUAUAGUUUUAUAUCUUUAAAACUUUUCAAGAAUGGCCUGUGCAUUACAAGCAGUGGUAGCUGCAGCCAAUACCUGCACUUUCCCAACUCAAAGGUUCUUCAACACCAAGUACCAUAGUGUCAGUAAGCGAAAUUCCAGCCUUUUUUUCAGAGUCAGAGCUUCCACUGAAGAAGACCCUGACUGCAAUGAUGAAGAGUGUGCUCCUGAUAAGGAGGUUGGGAAGAUUAGCGGGGAGUGGUUAGCUGGGGAGAAGACCAGAGUGGUUGGAACAUAUCCGCCCCGCAAGAAAGGUUGGACAGGCUAUGUUGAGAAAGACACUGCUGGGCAAACAAACAUAUAUUCAGUUGAGCCUACGGUUUACGUGGCAGAAAGUGCAAUAAGCUCCGGAAAUGCAGGUAAAUCUGCUGAUGGAGCUGAGAACUCAGCAGCAAUUGCUGGUGGCCUUGCUCUCAUCUCAAUUGCUGCAGCUUCAUCAAUACUCCUUCAAGUUGGUAAAAACGAACCUCCUCAAGUGAAGACAAUAGAAUACUCCGGGCCAUCGCUUACUUAUUAUAUCAACAAGUUUAAACCACAAGAAAUGAUUGAAGCCUCAGUGCCAAGCCAGGCUGAAUCAUCCUCAUCUGUUCAGGUAGAUAGCUCUGCAGAGGAAGUACCUCAGAUUCAGGUAAACUCUGCACCGGAUCUUCUGGAGCCUUCCACUUCAAGUGUGAGAACCGUCUCGUAGGAAAUUAAAGUUGGUAUAAUUUAUUGAAUUUUAAAAACUAACUGCAGAUUUUUCUUUAUAUUAUAAGAUAUGUAAUUUUAUAAUUGAAGAUAUAUUUCUGCAACCUUAUGAAGAUGUAUAUCACUUUCACUACAAAGAUGAUUAGCAAUACAGUUUUGUUUGUGCUAAAGAACAUGUUACAUGUCUUA